ACACACGCCCACAUUUUUCCCCGCAUGGUGGACUGAGACAUCGUUGUUUUAUAUUGUUCCUAAUAUAGUUCUAUCUAUGUAUCAGUGUCUGCCAGUGUGGGGGUUUAUGUUGCAUAACUAGUUUGUUCUCGUCUUUGAAACAAUGAAAUAGACGUCAGUCGACAGAACCUAUCCUUUAACUCUACUCGACUCUUAGGUAUUGAGCUAGUUAGCUUGUUGUGCUAGCUGGCUAACGGUGCCACUUGAGAAGAAUGAAGACUUGCAAUGGAAACACCAGUAUUAUGGACAUGUUUGAAAAGGGGAAAGUCCUGAAAAUAUGUGCACCGAUGGUUCGAUAUUCAAAGCUUGCAUUUAGGUCCUUGGUGAGGAAGUACAAUUGCGACAUCUGCUUCACACCAAUGAUAGUUGCUGCUGACUUCAUGCGAUCUGUCAAAGCCAGAGACAGUGAAUUCACCACCAAUGAGGGUGACCGGCCCCUGAUAGUGCAGUUUGCUGCUCAUGAUGCACAGACUCUGGCUGAUGCAGCUUGUGUGGUUGCACCUUUUUCAGAUGGAGUGGACCUCAACUGUGGCUGUCCCCAGAGAUGGGCUAUGUCAGCUGGAUAUGGUGCAUGCCUCAUCAACAAGCCUGAACUUGUGAAAGACAUGGUCAGACAUGUCAGAAACCAAGUGGACAAUCCAAACUAUACAGCGUCCAUCAAGAUAAGAAUUCACAAGGACCUGAGGCAAACAGUUGAUCUGUGCCAGAAGGCCGAAUCAGCUGGUGUGUCAUGGAUAACAGUCCAUGGCCGUACAACAGAAGAACGCCACCAGCCAGUCCAUUAUGAUGCCAUAAAGACAAUCAAAGACAGUGUAUCGGUACCUGUCAUUGCUAAUGGGGACAUAAAGUACCUCCGUGAUGUGGAAUCCACUCACCAGCUUACUGGUGUCGAUGGUGUGAUGGCUGCACGGGGGUUGCUUGCAAACCCUGCCAUGUUCGCUGGCUAUGAUGAUACUCCCUUGGAGUGUAUAUGGGACUGGAUAGACAUCUCUGUAGAGCAGGGCACUCCAUUCACUUGCUUCCAUCACCAUCUUAUCUACAUGCUGGAGAGAGUUAGCUCCCAGCCUGAGAGAAAAAUAUUCAAUUCUCUAAGCAGUACCUCAGCUGUAAUAGAUUACCUCCAGAACACAUACGGGUCAGUACAAGAUGUGGGAACAUGAUUAUAUUGAAAUGUGAUGUAUCUGAUUUUAUCUUUUUUUUGUGCCAAAUAAAAUUGAAAAGCUAUAGUUUUA